AGUUUUUGGUGAUGAACACAAAAAUAUUACUACUAAUAUAGUAUUUUUUUAAAAAUAAAAAAAAAGAUAGUAGCUUUUCUUUUUCUUUUGUUUUCUUUUCCUGUUUUCAUCAUUACUGUCUCAGAAAUUUGGAACAGUUUUGCUUCUCUUUGAUAAGAAAAUAGAAUUAAAAUAUGGGAAAUCACCAAAUCCAAAUGAUUUUAUGAUCUGGGGUUCUUGAUUCUUCUCCUAGUACUACAGCUACUUGUUCUGUAAGUGAAAAUGGAAAAUUCUGUGGUUGUUUCUGUUCAAGAAAUGCAUCAGCCACCUUCAGCUGAAUUUGAUUCUUCUGCUCAUUCUAAUCUUAAAGGAGAGAGAGAGGAAGCCACUUUAGUGCGGCAACAGUCAACAAGACGGCCAAAUCUCUCCUCUCUGCAAAUACCUACAAGAUCUUUGGAAAAUGCAUUAUCCAGUUUUACAAGAAUAGAUGUUCCAAGUCCUAACUCUGCCCGAUCAGGGUUGCCCCCGAGGCCCCACUCUGCUAAGUUCAUGUCAUCUAUGAAGAAUCUGAUUCCACAGAAGAGCACUAGGACAAAAAAUGUAACCCACGAUGGCGAAAAGACAGUUCUCAUUAUCCCAGACACGCCUCUUUCAGAUAAGCCUUCAACUUCAAGAUCGUUUUCUCUGAAUAAAGUUUUGUUCUCUUCGAUGACAAGAUCAAUCCGCUCUUUACCAGAGACGCCAAUGGGAACUGUGGUAAAGCCUGCAGCGGACAAUCAUUUGGAUACUCAGUUAGAGUUAAUUAAACCUGAAGCUCAACAGCAUAUGAAGCGUUCAUUUUCAGUGCCUAUACAUGUUAAAAGCAGAAGCUUAAGGAGGACAGAUACUAGUGGCAGUCUCAUCCGUGUCAUUUCCAAAACUGUUCGCCCAACUACAGAUUCUGAUGCCUCAGCAGACAUAUCACAGGAAACAGAAAAUGCCACGGAUAAUAGUGGUGAAGAUAUUCCUGAGGAAGAGGCUGUUUGCAGAAUUUGCUUUGUUGAACUUGGUGAAGAAAGUGAAACAUUUAAAAUGGAAUGCAGCUGCAAAGGAGAGCUUGCACUUGCUCACAAGGAGUGUACCUUGAAGUGGUUUAGUAUUAAGGGUAACAAGAUUUGUGAUGUCUGCAAGCAGGAAGUGCGAAACCUCCCUGUAACAUUAUUAAAAAUUCAAAAUCCUCCAACUGCUGCCAGAAGGUCCCAAACUGUUGCACAGCAGAGGGAAGUGCCUCGCUACAGAGUCUGGCAAGACGUACCUAUCCUUGUCAUGGUCAGCAUGCUUGCCUACUUUUGCUUUCUGGAGCAGCUUCUGGUGACUGACUUAGGCGCUCGUGCUCUUGCUAUCUCUUUACCUUUCUCUUGUGUUUUAGGUCUCCUUUCUUCUAUGAUAGCUUCUACAAUGGUCAGCAAGAGUUACAUAUGGGCUUAUGCGUCAUUUCAGUUUGCAAUUGUUAUCCUCUUCGCCCAUAUAUUCUAUGCAGUGCUUAAUGUUAGUGCACUUCUAUCGGUGCUGCUUUCUUCCUUCACUGGUUUCGGUAUUGCAAUUAGUACCAACUCGCUCCUUGUAGAGUAUUUGAGGUGGAGAGCUAGCAGGCGUCUACGAUCAUCCCCUGCACAAACAACCAGUGCCAUGCAACCACAUGUUCUGCCUGAUCAAAGAUAUUAUAGCUACAUUGACAACACCUCACGCCAACAACGCCAUAAUAAUAGUCAGCAGCAACAACACCAACCAUUGCAUAAUCCUGUUGUUGGACAAUUAGAGAAUCCGGGGCUGCAAGAGAUUAGGAUUCAGAGUUCUUAACUCAGACUUCUAAUAUUUUCACAGCAUUGGAUAAAUAGUUUGAAGUCAAAUCAGUAUGUGAUGCUGACUAAUGGUCAAGCAUUUUUGUAGCUUGAGGGAUUCCUUGCCUUGUGCUGCUACUUGUAGUAGUACCUUGAAAAUUCACUUGGUACUUAGCUGCACAAGGAAUAGGCCACAUAGAAAAUGUGCCAGUAAGGGUGGAAAAAAUUGCAGAAAUGGGAUAGUAUAGGGGUCUUGUAGCCGUAGGAGUUAUUUUAUCUUUGGAAGUAUUUGGAAACAUGGAAUUUUGAGUACUUUUGAGAUUUUAUGAAAUACAGAAAGGCUUAUGCUUGAUUGUCUACAA